AUGGCACUGGCGCCAACGUCGUUCGUUCCUAUGCGCUCUUCUGCGGCAGGGUAUCACCCCCGUGCCGGACGUGAGCGAAGAACGACAGUUCCGGAUCGUCCCGAUCUUCCUAUCAAUCUGUGGUCUAUCAUGAAAAACUGCAUUGGGAAGGAGCUGUCAAAGAUUCCUAUGCCAGAACCAUUUGAACAAAUGGCUUACGUCGCUGCGUACGCAGUUAGUAACUAUUCCACAACGGGAAAUCGCACCAACAAACCAUUUAAUCCAUUGUUGGGUGAAACAUACGAAUGUGAUCGUACUAGCGAUCUUGGAUGGCGCAGUAUCACAGAACAGGUUUCUCAUCACCCUCCUGCUGCAGCGCACCAUGCUGAAGGCAGUGGCUGGGUUAUGUAUCAGGAUUUCACAAUGACGAGUCGCUUUCGCGGCAAAUAUCUCUCUGUCAUACCUGUCGGGUAUACUCAUGUCUAUUUUCCAGGGACUAAAAAUCAUUAUUCUUAUAGAAAGGCAUGUUUGUGA